CAUUUUUCCUGUUUUUAUCCACAGCUUUCCCAUGGUUUGGUAUGGACAUUGGGGGAACUCUAGUAAAACUCUCAUAUUUUGAACCGAUUGAUAUCACAGCAGAGGAAGAACAAGAAGAAGUUGAGAGCUUGAAAAGUAUCCGGAAAUAUUUGACUUCUAAUGUAGCAUACGGAUCCACAGGUAUUCGGGAUGUACACCUUGAACUGAAGGAUUUAACACUUUUUGGCCGAAGAGGGAACCUGCACUUUAUCAGAUUUCCAACCCAGGACCUGCCUACUUUUAUCCAAAUGGGAAGAGAUAAAAACUUCUCCACAUUACACACGGUGCUAUGUGCUACAGGAGGUGGUGCUUACAAGUUUGAAAAAGAUUUUCGCACAAUUGGAAACCUCCACCUGCACAAACUGGAUGAACUUGACUGUCUUGUAAAGGGCUUGCUGUAUAUAGAUUCUGUCAGUUUCAAUGGACAAGCAGAGUGCUAUUAUUUUGCUAAUGCCUCAGAACCUGAGAGAUGCCAAAAGAUGCCUUUUAACCUGGACGACCCCUAUCCACUGCUGGUAGUGAACAUUGGCUCGGGAGUCAGUAUUCUAGCAGUCCAUUCCAAAGACAACUACAAACGAGUAACUGGGACAAGCCUUGGAGGAGGUACCUUUCUGGGCUUAUGCAGUUUAUUGACUGGCUGUGAAAGUUUUGAAGAGGCUCUGGAAAUGGCAUCCAAAGGGGACAGCACCCACGCUGACAAGCUGGUCCGUGAUAUUUAUGGAGGAGAUUAUGAAAGAUUUGGUCUGCCAGGUUGGGCUGUAGCAUCUAGUUUUGGCAACAUGAUUUAUAAGGAGAAGCGAGAAUCUGUUAGUAAAGAAGAUCUAGCAAGAGCUACUUUAGUUACUAUCACCAAUAACAUUGGUUCUGUGGCACGAAUGUGUGCUGAUAACGAGAAAAUAAACAGAGUUGUCUUUGUUGGAAACUUUUUACGAGUCAAUACUCUCUCAAUGAAACUUUUGGCAUAUGCACUGGAUUACUGGUCAAAAGGACAACUGAAAGCAUUGUUUCUAGAGCAUGAGGGAUACUUUGGAGCAGUUGGUGCACUUCUUGGGCUGCCAAAUUUCAGCUAAAAGCAUCAGGUUUAUCUCUGAUAAUAAAUGUCAUCCAAGAGGAACUGAAAACCACAGGCAUAAUUGCUGCAUUAUUUGUCACUGGAAACGAAGGAUAAAAGAGUAGCACUAUUCCUGUUGCUUUUUAAAUGUCAAAAUGGUAAGCUGCUAAAUGUUGCCAUAGUAACAGCAAGAACUCGGUAGCAGGUGAAGUAUUUCUAAUUGAAAUGCUUUCCCUUUUGUAUAUAGCCAGUGUUAAAUCCUUAAAUGCAGUACAGCCUCUGAUUAUUGAGCUUUCUCUCAAAAAGAUUUUCUAUUUAUUUUAUGUAGCCAACAUUGCAGUACUGUAUGCUCAAACAAAUCUUAAAAGGCUCAGAAAUGUUUAUCUCAUAAAAAUAAUUAAUUCUGAAUAUUUGUUACAAGUCUGUUCUAUGUUUUGGGUAUUAGUAAGCAGACCGUAACAUACCCUGUAUCAAAAUAAAUUGAAAUGGCAAUCAAAGAUGAUAAUUUUUAUGUGAUUUUAGAAAUGUCAAGGCAAUACUAAUUAUUCAUUGUUGUUUUCCUAACAUAUCCCCCCAAAAAGCAUGUUUAUGUGAUCUUUUCCCAGAAGUAUAACCUUUUUAAAAGAAGUACCUUUUUCAAAUGCCAUAAUUUAAUUGAAAUAUUAGCCUGAAUUUUAAAUGAAUCUAGAAAAUGCACAUAUUUGGUGACAUUGCACUUUCUAGAUUUUAUUGUUAAUCAGUACAUUUACAGUGUUUAAUAUUUUGUAAUUGGAAGCUUAAUUAUUUAUUUGAAAGUCCUAUGAUGAGGUCCCAAAGACUAUUCUAACGAAGUAUGGUUUGCAUGAUUGGAGAGUUCUUUCUGUACCACAUUUAUCUCAGGCCCAGACUCAGUCCUUUCUGUCUAAUUAGGUCUGAACCAUCAAAGCUAAAGACUUAAUUCUAUUAUGAACAGCCACAAAAUCACAUUUAUUCUAAAUUGAUGUUAUAGAAGUCAGAGUGCUUUUGAAACUGGAAUUCAGAGGCCAUACUGCAAAAUUAUAAAAGGAUCAGUGUUUUUGUACAUCCUGGUAAUAAAAAUUAUAAUUCCUAAAUUUACUGUAAA